AUGUUCGAUCAGACGGGCUGCGAUGGUACGGCCUCCCAUGCUUUCUGCUGUCCAGCGACUUGGAAGCAGCCAAAGUGCGGUUGGUACACGCACAACAACGGGAAAUGCACUGGCAGCUGCCCUGAUAACAUGGUCCUCAUUGGUUCGAAAAAGAGGUAUUGCAACAAUGGGCAGUUCCAAGCAGCUUGCUGUACAAAAGAUACUCAACGCAUCAAGCUGUAUACGCUGUAUGAACUAGGCGCGUUUUCGAAAUGCGACGAUCAAGCAAGCUAUCCUGCUCAGAGCGGCGACCAGUCAAUGAAGACUUUAUUGGCUUCAUCGUCUAUUGGUAUAGGUGGCGCCGAAGUUUGCAAGAAGCGUGAUGUUUUCAAAGUCUUGCGUGGAGGCCGCAUGGUUGCCACUGGUGAGCGCAAGCUGUGCUGCAACACAAGCAAUAAGAAGAUGACCUUCUCCGAUUGCGAGUGGUAUUCCAACACGGGCUAUGGUCCUGCUAGCAGCCGCGAGGACUUUUGUGCAGCAAAUUGCCCAAACGAUCGCGUCCGCGUGGCCAUGGACCUGAGAGCCCCGGGGUGCUCUGGUGGCGGCAAGGCAAGAUGCUGUAUUCCUAACUACUACGAAACCGUUGAAGUAGAAAACGAAAAGCCGGGCGUAUGGAGGGACUCAUUGAAGGUGAGGUAUUGA